GCUAUCACAUUCUGUCUGCCUCCCAUCCCUCGUUUCAAUACGCACGUAUGGUUUGACUGUGUGUGAAAGAAUUUGUGUGGUGUGUGUUCUGGAGUUUGGGAAUGUGUUUUGUGUUAUUUUGUUUGAGCAGCUGCAAAUUGGUUGGGAACAACCAAGCUAGGUUGGCAAGGGUGGCCAACUUGGAUGGAUUGGUUGGGAAGGGACAAAGGUCAAAUUUGGAGUUCCUAUAGGGAGGGAAUCUUUGUGCUUAUGGGGUUUCCUUGGUUGGGGACUCUCUUGGGACCUUCCCUCUCAUCCCUCUCUUCCCAUCCCAACCUUUCUCUUGCUCCUCUAAUUCCUUGUGAGAUUCUUGAACCUUGAUUGAACUCUUGAGAUUGAGUUAAGUUCUCCUCCUACAGCUUACCCCUCAGUGCGUCGAAAGCCAUAGCGUCGCGAAUACUUUAUCAAUGAACGUGAUUCAAAUUGAGAAUGGUAGCUGAGAUUAAGAGCUACAACAUAUCCAAGUUUCGCGACAUUCCAACCGCUAUUUUUUCGUCGACGUCGUUCCUUGUAAAGACGACUUUUCUGUCCAGAAUUUCGGAUUAAUAUUUUGAGUAAUUCUAGCUCCUAAGUUCACCUAGACUCCGUCCUUAAUCCUAACAAGUGGUAUCAGAGCCAUAUUGAGGACAUUGAGAGGAGUCUACAGAAGUGUGAAGACCCUUCUAGACCCACCAUGGCCUGUGGGCGUGCCUAAGUGGUGUUCUAAAGGUUGGAUGUGACUUCCGCUAAGGGGAAACUCUGCCGAAAUUUCGUGGACGUCGACACUUGUGAAAAUAUCGAGGGAGCUGAGUCUGGACAGCAAAGGGGGAGCUGAAAUUCGUCAUUUCUCAAGGAGAAGAUGAAUGAGAGAGGAGGAGAUGCUAAUGGAAGAGGAGCUGUACCUGAGAAGACAAGUGAGCCGCCACCAUCAAAAGUUGAAGCUUUGGAUGGCUCCAACUAUGAGGAAUGGAGCGGGCGCAUGAGGAGUGCCUUCAAACGCUACAAGCUACUGAAGAUUGCUGUUGGGGAGAAGAAGAUGCCGGAAGAAGGCGAAGAACGCGAACGGUGGAUUGAGAAAAGCACGGUGCUUUUUGACCUCAUCCUUCAAUCGGUCAACAAGGAGAUGUUCGAGCACAUCAAGGAUCUUGUGGAAGCGGAUGAUUCGGGUCCAAGGGCGUGGAAACUACUACGCGAUGUGAUUCAGCCCAACACUCUUCCGAUGGUGAUCGUGCUCGAGAAGGAACUUGCUGCAAUCUCCAUGCGACCAGGGGAUGAUGUGAAGCCGGUCCUUGACAAGAUCAAGGACACCUAUGCAAGGAUGGCAGCAGCGGGCAGCAGCGUUUCUCAGCUGCAGCAGUGCACCAAGAUCAUCUCGGUGUUGGACAACUCGUGGGACAACCUCAUCCCCACCCUCAACUCUCAGCAAGAUCAAUGGACACCUGAGUGGCUAAGGCAGCAGAUUCUGCAGGAGGACUUCCGCAGACGCCAUGUGGGAGGCGGUGCUGCCACUAAGACUGCUGAGGGGUAUGGAGCUGCAGGGCGCAGCAGAGGAAGAGGGGGUUGGAGAGGCCGAGGCCGUGGGAGGAGCUUUGGCAGAGGUAGAGGCCGAGGUGACUAUAAUGAGGGGCAUGGGAGCUCUGGUGGCAGGGGGAGUACCAGAAUGGAGGGCACCUGCUGGUACUGCAAGAAGGUCGGGCAUCCUUGGUUCAAGUGCUUCAGCAGGCCGGAGGGAUGGGCACCUCCAGGCAUGAAGCCGCCCAGUGGUGAACGCGCACAAGGUGGCGCUGUGCAAGGCUCAGGUGCACAAGGUGAAGGUGCACAAGGUAAUGCCUAUCCUGGGAUGUUUCUCAUGGUUGAGGAUGUGCAUGGGCAUGAGGGUGAUGUGGGAUCUGUGAUUGAUUCAGGUUGCACUAGUCACAUGACCCCACGGGCAGAUUUGCUUGAUGAGGUAAAACCCCCUGGGAAGAUUAAGUAUGUGGCAGCAGCAUCAGGUGCUUUGCUCCCUGUGAUUGGUGUUGGGAAUGCCAAGGUUAAGGGAGCUAAUGGGGAGCUUGUGGGGCUUGGGAAUGUUAAGAGCAAGGCCGAAGUGACCUUUGGACCAACCAGCUGCCGUGCUAAGCUUGGGAAGAAGGUGCUGUGGAGUCUGGAAGAGGAGACCAGCUGCAUCAAGGACCUGUGGCAGCUGCCCAUCAUCCCUUGGAAUGGGAAGACUCCAACAGCAGCAACGGCAGCAGCGGCAAAGGCAACUGCAGGAGGAGAUGCAACUGCACCAACUGAUGGGGUCCUGGAAGCAGUCAAGAAAGUGCAGCAGCAGCAGACACAUGGUGAGGUGCUUGCUGGUGUGGAUGCGAGUGCGGCAUGGGCUAAGGCUUCAUCAAGGAGUGGUGAGGCCGAUUGGGAGGCAUGGCAUGAGAGGCUGUGUCAUGUGAACUUCCCUAUGCUGCAGAAGUUGGUGAAGGAUGGGAGCCUGAAGGGCUUGGAGGUGAAAGGGGGAGUGAAGGAGAUUGGGAGCUGCCCUACAUGCUUGGAGACCAAGUUCUCCAAGUUCCCCUUCAACAGCACUACAGGACUAGCCAAGACCCCACUUGCACUUGUGCAUAUGGAUGUGGUGGGGCCCACAAGAGCCCCUUCCCUCUCAGGCAGCCGCUAUUUCUUGACAAUUGUGGAUGACCACACUCGGGCACUGUGGGUUAACCCUUUGAAGAGCAAGGGGGAGGUGGCAGCGGUUGUCCUUAAGGAGUGGAUGCCUAGAGCUCAGAGGGAAUGCGGAUACAAGGUGAAGGUGAUCCGCAGUGACGAUGGUGGGGAGUUCAUUGGAGCUGAUUUUGAGGGGGAGUUGAAGAGGAAGGGGAUCCAGCAUCAACUGACAGUGCCCUACAACCCGCAGCAGAAUGGCGUGGCUGAGAGAUUCAACAGGACCCUGCAGGAGGGGGCACGCACUCUCCUUGGGCGUGCAGGGCUGCCUGAUCCGUUUUGGGUGUCUGCACUGAGGCAGGUCGCCCUUGUGAAGAACAGGGUGCUGGCUACAGUUGGGGAUAAGGAGUGGAUCCCAUAUACCAAGUGGUAUGGGAGUGCUCCAGCUGUGAACAUGCUGAGGGCAUUUGGGUGCAUGGUGGUGUUUCAUGUGCCUAAGGAGAAAAGGGGGAAGUUGGAGGCUUCUGGAAGAUGGGGUGUGCACUUGGGGAUUGCAAAGGAUCACAAGGGGUGGCUGCUAUGGGACUUGACCACCCAGAAGCUGACAGUGUCAAGGGAUGUGAAGUUUCUUGAGUCCCUGUACUACAAGGAAUGGAAGCAGCAGCAACAGAAGCUUCCAUCUACACCGCUCAUUGUGGAGGUAGAUGAGGUGCAGCGGCCUUCAAGACAGGUGGAGGUUGCAGUGUCUGAGGAGGAGAUGUCUGGGGUGACUGAGGAAGGGGGAGCAGCAGAGGUGGAGCAGCAGCAGCAGCAGCAGCAUGAGUCUCCAUCUCGAGUUCCACACCCGCCUGAGCGACCUAGGAGGGAUGUGCGCCCUCCGGUGAGGCUGACCUAUGGGGGAAGAGGCAAGCCGAAUGUGGUGCAGGCUGGGAGUGUGGUUGAGCAGAUUGAGGAAGAUGAGAUCGCUCACUGCUACUGGGCACCAAUCCCUGAGCCCAAGACUCGAGAAGAGGCCUUGAAUGGACCAAAUGGGGAGAAGUGGAAGGCGAGUGAGGAUGAGGAGUUCGGGUCCCUGAUUGAGAACGAGACAUGGGACCUUUGUGACUUGCCUCCUGGGAAGAAGGCAAUCACUUCCAAGAUGAUCUACAUGCACAAGUAUGGACCUGAAGGGGAGCUGACCCGCUACAAGUCUAGGCUUGUGGCAAAGGGGUUUCAGCAGACAAAGGGGAAGGACUAUGAUGAGGUGUUUGCUCCUGUGGGGAAAGGAACAACAUUGAGGGUGCUAUUGGCGAUGGCUGCACUCCUGGGAUGGAAGAUACGGCAGAUGGACAUUGUGACUGCCUUUCUGAAUGGGAUCAUUCUUGAGGAGGUGUACAUGAAGCAGCCAGAGGGGCUGGAUGAUGGGAGCGGCAGGGUCUGCAGGCUGAAGAAGGCAAUCUAUGGCCUUAAGCAGGCGCCUCGUGCAUGGUAUCACAAGUUGGAGGAGGCGCUGGUGGCUGGGGGUUUCAAGAAGAGUGAGUGUGACCCCAGCCUGUUCCUGCUGCAGGAGAAGGAUGAAAUCCUCAUGCUCCUGGUGUAUGUGGAUGAUAUCCUUCUCUUCUCUGCAUCAACUGCUUUGUUGGACAGCGCAGAGCAGAUGCUGGAGAUGCAGUUCAAGUGCUCCAAGAUGGGUCAGGUGAAGUACUACUUGGGGAUGCAUGUGGAGAGAGAUGUGGAGAAGGGUGUGCUGAGGUUGCACCAGAGGAAGUACUAUGAGGGGCUGGCUGAGAAGUAUGGGUUGCAAGAUGGGGGAAAGCCAGCAACACCACUACCUUCGGGGUUUACUGUGGAGCCAUGUGCUGAUGAGGAGGUAGUGGGUGAGAGUGACAGGAAGCUGUUUCAUUCGAUGGUUGGGUCGCUGAACUAUGCUGCAAGUCAUACACGGCCUGACAUUGCAUUUGCUACAUCACGGUUGGCUAGUGUGGUCUCACGCCCUAGUCAUGAGCAGCUGGAAGCGGCCAAGAGGUUGGUCCGCUAUGUGAGCGCUACCGCAUCAGUGGGAUUGGAGUAUAGUGGAGUGAGGCAGCGGUUGCAGAGAGGUGCUGCAGAUGUGAAGAGUGGAGAGAUGCUCUUGAGUUGCUAUACUGACGCUAGCUUCAACUCAGUGAAAGCGGAUGGCACCAGCAUUGGGGGUUAUGUGUGCUUGCUAGGAGGUGGUGCUGUGAGCUGGCGCAGCAAGAAGCAAAAUGAGGUGGGAUUGUCCUCAUGUGAGACUGAGUACAUGGCCUUACACCAUGGGGCCAAGGAAGUGGUGUGGCUGAGGCGCUUGCUGGAGGAGUUGGGAGUUGGUCAGAAGGAGCCGACGGUGAUCUUCUGUGACAAUGAGUCUGCAGUGAAGCUCGCCAAGAAUGCUUGUCUGCAUGGGCUGACAAAACACAUAAGGCCUAAGUGGCACUGGGUGAGGAGACUCCUUGAUAAGGAGGUGCGGCUGGAGAUCGUGAAAACCCAUCAGCAGGCAGCAGAUAUUUUCACCAAGCGUCUGGCGGAGGCGGAUCAUUGGAAGGGCAUGAAGCUUGCUGGGAUGAGUGUGCAUUGAGUAUGCAUGCUUGAGAUGUUGGUAUGGUGGAUGAUGGUUGGCAGCCAGAGGGGGAGAUUGUUGUGUGAUGUCAUCAUAUGCUAUCACAUUCUGUCUGCCUCCCAUCCCUCGUUUCAAUACGCACGUAUGGUUUGACUGUGUGUGAAAGAAUUUGUGUGGUGUGUGUUCUGGAGUUUGGGAAUGUGUUUUGUGUUAUUUUGUUUGAGCAGGUAUUUGUGAUGAUAGAUC